UUUCAGACGGAAAUCCCGCGAGAUGAUAACAAAAUACUACUUCCGGUGCUGCAAGAAGGCGAGCUUCACAGCACAAGAAACAUGGAAAAAAUGUCAAGGGUCACCACAGCUCUUGGCAGCAAUGCGAUCAGUGGCAGAACCAUGUUCUGCCACUUGGACGCACCGGCUAACGCGAUCAGCGUGUGCCGUGAUGCCACGCAGGUGGUUGUAGCAGGACGGAACAUUUUUAAGAUCUACGCACUCGAGGAGGAGCAGUUCGUGGAAAAACUGAAUCUCCGCGUCGGCCGCAAACCGUCGCUGAACUUCAGCUGCGCCGAUGUCAUGUGGCAUCAGAUGGAGGAGAACCUGCUGGCCACGGCGGCCACCAACGGGGCGGUGGUGACGUGGAAUCUGGGGAAACCCUCUCGCAACAAGCAGGACCAGCUAUUUACUGAGCACAAGCGCACCGUCAACAAAGUGUGCUUCCACCCAACAGAGGUUUACAUGCUGCUAAGUGGUUCACAGGACGGCUUCAUGAAGUGCUUCGACUUGCGCAAGAAGGAGUCUGUGAGCACUUUCUCAGGUCAGUCAGAGAGUGUAAGGGACGUCCAGUUCAGCAUGAAGGAUUAUUUCACAUUUGCCGCAUCCUUUGAAAAUGGCAACGUGCAGCUGUGGGACAUUAGACGACCGGACCGCUAUGAAAGAAUGUUCACUGCUCACACCGGUCCGGUGUUUUGCUGUGACUGGCAUCCUGAUGACAGGGGUUGGCUGGCAACAGGGGGCAGGGACAAGAUGGUGAAGGUUUGGGACAUGACCACUAACAGAGCCAAGGAGAUCUACUGCGUCCAGACGAUUGCUUCAGUGGCACGAGUUAAAUGGCGACCUGAGAGAAAGUUUCAUUUGGCCACCUGUUCCAUGAUGGUGGACCAUAACAUCUAUGUGUGGGACAUCCGCAGACCUUUUAUUCCCUUUGCUACCUUUGAGGAACACAAGGAUGUGACUACUGGAAUUGUGUGGCGACACCAGCAUGACCCUCAUUUUCUGCUCUCUGGCUCUAAAGACAGUACGCUCUACCAGCAUAUGUUCAAGGAUGCCACACGUCCUGUGGACAAGGCUAACCCAGAGGGCCUGUGCUUUGGACUGCUGGGUGACUUGGCUUUUGCAGCCAAGGAGAGUCUAAUCACCAGUGAUGCCAACAGAAAGCCGUACCCCGGAGGCGACCGCCGCUACCCCAUGUUUUUCUUCAAGAAACCCGACCCGACAGAACAGUUUGCACAUGUGUCCAGUGCUCUCAGCGUCUUUGAGACGGACUUGGACAGUCACCGCAUGGACUGGUUUGUCAAGACGGCACAACUCUACCUCCUGAGCGGGAAGCCGUUUGCUGAGUUAUGUGAUCACAACGCCAAGGUGGCCCAGGAGCUUAAAAGACCUCAGGUUUCCACUACAUGGACAAUGCUGAGAAUAAUGUUCUCUGACCCUGCAAACCUCGCUACACCCGGUCCCAACCACAACCUCGGUAAACUCGGCACCUUGCCCUUAAUGAACAGUUUCAGUUUGAAGGAGCUGGGUUCAGGGAUGGGUGCGGAGAGCAGACUGGAGCGCAGUAAAGGUGAGAGCAGGCAGGACAACAUCCACCUGGAGCCUGGGAACUCAUACAUCAGCAAUAAUGAAGAAAACGAGGAGACGGAAGGCAGCGAGGGCCAUCCUGAGUAUAUGUUCGGCGAUGCUGAGUUGGAUGACGAUGACCUCUAUUCCAUGGAGCACGACAACCAAACAGAGGAGCAGGAGUACACGCUGCCCCAGGAGGCCUUCCAGCUGCGCCACGAGAUCGUGGAUAACCCAUCCGCUCCGGAGCACCUUCAGCAGGACAAGGCCGACUCCCCGCACGUCAGCGGCAACGAGGCCGAAGUCACCUGUUUGACACCCAUCGAAUCUUUCUCUCUCAUCUCCAUCUCCCAGCCGCUCUUCAGUCCACAUCUGCCCGCCAGCUUCUUCUGCCCCAUUGUGCGGGAGAUGCUGAGUUACUACGCUGAGCAGGGCGAUGUGCAGAUGGCCGUGUCGGUGCUUAUUGUUCUGGGGGAUCGGAUUCGCAAAGAGAUCGAUGACCUCACCCAGGAGCACUGGUACAUGUCCUACAUAGACCUGCUGCAGCGAUUCGAGUUGUGGAACGUGUCCAAUGAGGUCAUCAAACUGAGCACGUGCAGCGCCAUCACUUGCCUGAACCAGACAUCAACUACACUGCACAUCAACUGCAGCAACUGCAAGCGACCAAUGAGCAACAAGGGCUGGAUUUGUGACAGGUAUGAACACUGUGGCACCGUUUCAUUAAGGUGUAUGUGCUGA